AGAUAAAAAGGCAAAAUUUUCCUCUCAAAAAAGUCUCAGAACAAGAAGUAUUCUCUGCAAAUCUCAAUUGUCUGUGAGAGAGAGCAAACAUAAAGAAACACAUUUGUUCUCCCAAAAGCCGCAAAGCGAGAGGAAUUCUCUGAGAAAUUAAUUCGCCGAAAAUAAAGCUAAAAAAGGAGCAAGGAGGUAAGGACAACUUAAGAUACCAACAAUAGAGGAAAUAUAGAAAUAAAGGUCUAAGAGAGAGAGAGAGAGAGAGAGAGAGAGAGAAAGAGGAAUUUUCUCAUCGAAUCUAUUUUGCCAGGAAAGUAGAAACAUAAAAAGGCAAAAUUUCCUCCCAUAAAAGUCUCAGAUCAAGAGGUAUUUUCUGCAAAUCUCAAUUGCCAGAGAGAGAGAAAGAGAGAAUAAAUAGAGCAUAAAUAUUUUCUCUCAAAAGCUCCAAAACGAGAGGAAUUAUCUGAGAAAUUAAUUCACCAAAAGAAAUAAUUAAAACAAUCAGAGCUCUAGGAAAAGGACAAACCGAGGUACCGAAAAAUAGAUAAAUAUAAAAGACCAUAGAGUGAUUGAUGAAGAGACAAGAGAGAGAGAGAGAGAGAGAGCGCGAAGCAUAUCCUCAUAAAAAACGAUCAAACUAGCAACGAUAUUCAGAGUAUUUCGCCCACAACCAGAUAAGGAUCUGUGCCUCUCAAACCCAAAAAGUGAAAAUUGGAUCCAUCCGUGAAGAGAGUAAAAAAAGGAUAGAGAAAAGGCGAAGGAUAACUCUUAUUCAGACUCACUUAAGGAUAUCUAAACAUUGACUCUUUGAUCGUGGCCAAAGCUGUCCUUAAAUAAUUGGUUUUUCUCUUUGAAUUUCCUUGAAUUCUUUUCUCGAAUUUGCCGCACUGGUGUACGGAAAACCUUAUUGGACAAAUAAAAGAAAGUCAAAGAGUGCCAAAAAAUCAGAUAGUGAAAAAAUAUUAGUAUUUGAAUACCUGUCCUCUCUUCAUGAUAACCUCUUACUCUCUUUGAGUUUCUCACAGUGAUUUACAAAAAAGUCCCGCUGUCAAAAAAAGAGAGAGAAAUAUAACUCACACCCACAUUUAUGGCGUCAAUAAGGCCUAACAGUGCAAAAUAUUAAUAUACCAAUACCUCUCAUCUCCCUCUACUUAAGAUCACUCAGAUUCACUCUCAAAAAAUUUCCACACAAAGAGAAAUCUUUUCCCAGGCCAGAAAAGAGAGAGCUUAGAUUUCCAGACAAGUAAACAAAAACACCCAUUGUGUGUCCACCAAGGAAGCGAGCAGAUCCUACCUGCCACACUCUCUCACAGAGUCUCUUACACUCACUCAUUCUCUCCCUCACAAACACCACAGAGUUGCCUUGAGUGAAAAGUUAAAAAUAAAUCCAAAAAAAUCACCUCCUGUGCCAUUCAACUCCCUUGCGACCGACACACAAUCAAACACUCUCUCGUCGCCCAUCAUGGCGUUAACAACAAAGUGUCACAGUGUCAAACAAACAACGAAAACGAUGAAAUUUUUCACUUCACAACGAUGCCUGGUCUUUGGCAUAGCACUGCUAGUGGGAUUUCUGGCCCUGCACAUACAAUCGGUGGAGGCCAUGGCCCGGCGAAACUAUCAACCGGAACCCAUUGACUACGAUGACUAUGGAUAUUCUUCGCCCAAUAUGGAUAUACAGAAACGCAGUGAUUCGCUGCGUGAUAACAAGGAUAACAACGAUGAUGACGGUGGUGGCGGUGGCGGUGUUGCUUCUGCAGACGGGGAACGUGAUGCUGUCAAUGAGAAUGGCGAUUUUAUGCCACGCUUUAAGAAUCCCAAAAAUCUUCGCAACAUUUUCCCCAAACCCUCGGGUAGUUUUAUACAACUCAGCUGUCCUGCCAUUGGCCGACCGGAGCCCAACAUCACCUGGUUAUUGAAUGGCACCAAAAUAGCCCGCAAUAUGGGUCGUGUAAAGAAAACCAAAUGGGCCAUAAAUAUGGAAGAUCUCGUGCCAUCCGACUCGGGAUUCUACACCUGCAAGGUCUGCAAUCCCCUGGGUUGCAUAAAUCACACCACCAAACUGCACAUCAGUGAUCGUGUCAAUCACAAGCCCAUCAUUUUAACCGCUCCCAAAAAUCUCACGCUCUUCAUCAAUGAAAGUGGUGAAAUGACUUGCAAAUAUCUCUCAGAUCUGUUCAGUGUCAAGAGUUGGACAUUUACACCCUGCAAUGCCACGGCCUGUUCCCAGAAUACCACGGUGGUGGAUGGUGAUGAUGUUUUGAAAUUUGAAAAUGUCACUCAGGACCAGGAGGGUUGGUAUACCUGUAUGGAAAUGAAUGGUUUGGGUAAGUCGUGGAACAACGCCUAUUUAAGGGUCUUGGAUCCCACAGAAGCAAUCGUCCCGAAAGUCAUACGAUCCCAGACACUGUGGGAGGUGGUGGUGGCCACUGUUAUUCUGCUGAUGUUACUCCUUCUGGCCAUAUUCAUUUACUAUGUCUGGCGUAAAAUGAAACACGAAAAGCUGCUGAAACAACGCAUUGAAACGGUGCAUCAAUGGACCAAGAAAGUUAUUGUGCUAAAGCCGGCAUCAGGUGAUUCCUCCGGUUCCAUGGAUGCCAUGAUUAUGCCGGUGGUGAAAAUUGAAAAACAGCGCACCACAGUUCAACAAAGUUCCAACUCCGAACCGGCACCUUUUAAUGAAUAUGAAUUUCCCUUGGAUUCCAAUUGGGAAAUACCCAGAAAUACUCUCAUAUUGGGCGCCACCUUGGGUGAGGGUGCCUUUGGACGUGUCGUCAUGGCUGAGGUGAAUAAUUCCAUUGUGGCCGUGAAAAUGGUUAAGGAAGGUCACACCGAUGAUGAUAUUGCCAGUUUGGUGCGCGAAAUGGAGGUCAUGAAAAUCAUUGGCAAACACAUCAACAUCAUCAACCUGUUGGGUUGUUGUUCCCAAAAUGGACCUCUCUAUGUUAUUGUGGAGUUUGCCCCACAUGGCAAUCUAAAGGAUUUCCUUAAUAAAAAUCGCCCCAUCAAGGAUUAUGACAAGGAGGGUAAUCUCUCACCUCCCGAACACCAUUUGACGGAGAAACAUUUAAUUUCGUUUGCCUUUCAAAUUGCCCGUGGCAUGGAGUACCUGGCCUCACGGCGUUGUAUACACCGUGAUUUGGCUGCCCGUAAUGUGCUCGUCUCCGAUGAUUAUGUUAUGAAAAUUGCCGAUUUCGGUUUAGCCCGUGACAUCCAAGACACAGACUACUAUCGCAAAAACACCAAUGGACGUUUGCCCAUCAAAUGGAUGGCGCCCGAAUCGCUGCAAGAGAAAUUCUAUGAUUCGCAAAGUGAUGUUUGGUCCUACGGCAUUUUGUUGUGGGAAAUUAUGACAUUUGGUGCCCAACCUUAUCCCACAAUUAUGUCAGCCGAGGAACUGUAUUCGUAUUUAAUGUCUGGCCAACGAAUGGAGAAGCCAGCCAAAUGUUCGCUCAACAUUUACAUGCUGAUGCGCCAGUGUUGGCAUUUCGAUGGCAAUGCCCGGCCAACAUUUUCCGAAAUUGUGGAGAAUUUGGAUAAGCUGCUGCUCAGCAAUGAGGAUUAUUUGGAUGUGGCAGUGGCGAAUCUGGAGACACCGCCCUCAUCGAGCGAUGAAGAGGAAUCGGAUGCAGAGUCUAUGCGUUAUCAUUAUAAAUGAGAAGCGGUGUGAGAAGGGGAGUGACUUGAUAGCUACUAGGCCUUACCAUGCCAGGCAAAAAAGGGUGAGAAUUUAGAUUUUAAGAGAAAAGAAAAAGAAAGUAAAUAUUUG